AUGGACUCCGAAGACUUCAGCAUCUACUUCUACAAUCCCUCUCUUCCAGCUUCAGUCGUUUUCACAAUUCUAUACUUCUUCACCUCUCUCUACCACCUGUAUAUGACAGUUCUUUUCCCUCGUCGAGGCCACCGCCAACGAGCCGGAUACUUCAUCCCCCUGCUUAUCGGUGCAUUCCUCGAAGUAGCAGGGUAUGCGAUCCGUUGCGCCAGUCUCAAAGACGUGAGCAGUAUCCCCUUAUACGCCGUCAGCGCCACUUUGAUCGUGAUCGGCCCCGUCUUCGUAUGUGCCAGUCUGUACAUGUUGAUGGACCGGUUGAUCUGGCCCGAGGGCGAGGGGAAUGGCGAAAAGCAGGAAUCGUUUUUGUUCGUUCGCGUGCGGCGUCUUUGGCUUCCGAGGAUCUUCGUGACGCUGGAUGUGAUCAGUUGUCUUGUUCAAGCUUCGGGAAGUGGCAUUGCCGCGUCUGGAAAUUGGGAAGGAGCAGAGAAGGAUACCGGGACUGGUGUUUUGAUUGGCGGCCUUGUACUGCAGGUGUUGACGUUUGUUGCUUUUCUUCUCAUUGUGGGAUCUUUCAAUCUGAAGGCGAAGCGCAAUCAACAAACUAUACCUGAUGGGUCGAAAAAGCUCAUCACGGGGAUCUACAUUUCGGGAUUUUUCAUUCUGGUCCGAAGCAUUUAUCGCGUCAUUGAAUUCGCCCUCGGAGUUGAUUCGUACAUCUUCAGCCACGAAUGGCCCUUAUACGUGCUUGAAGCGGUUCCAAUGCUCAUCGCCAUCAGUCUUCUUGGAUGGUAUCACCCAGCGCGGUUUUUGUCUUGA